GAUCUCCCCCUAGAUCAGAAGUGGCCAUUCAAUAGUAAAGAAGAAGAAGAAGAAGUGGAACGCGCCCUCUGAGGUGCAUACGAUCUAAUGAACCUAACCUAAUAUAACCCAAAUAACCUAACUUUCUGUAUACACGCGCUUAUUGUAUGAGCUUAAUGUCAACAUUUCACUUCUCUAACGAAAAAAAGCUUUUAAUUGUAGAAAAACAUGAAGCUUCUUACACAUAAUAUGUUAACGUCCAGGGCUAUAAGAGGUGUGACAAUCGGCUAUCCUCUGAGAAUUAUUGCCAAAGACAUCAGAGUAUCCGAAGUAGAUUUUAAUCCAGAAUAUAUCGCUAGGAUAAUACCAAAGUUAGAUUGGACAGUGUUGUGGAAAGCUGCAGAGAGUAUAGGACAUGUUGGCGAAUUACCUCAGAUUUUAAUAGAAGAUUUCGAGACAAAUGAAGAUUUUCUAAAAAAAGUUCACCAUGUUCUGUUGGAGGUCGAAGUUAUAAAUGGAGAUCUAUUGUGCCCAGAAUCCGGUAGAAAAUUUCCCAUCAAUGAUGGCAUUCCAAACAUGCUUCUAAACGAAGAUGAAGUUUAAAUAACAGAACUAAAUAAUUUCUGCGAAUAUUAUUUGUCACUUUUUCUUAAUCACUUUCUUUAAAUAUAAUUAUUAAAAAUAUAUAUCUCUCUCUAUCUAAAUAUGUUAUGUACAUUUUUAUAUUAGUUUAAUUUUUUUAUUUGCUCUCUUAUAUUAAUAUAAAAUCGUUAAUAGUUGAAAACAAAUAUUAAAUAUAUCUUUUGUGUAUGUGCUUGUGUAAAUAUAUUAAAUGUACAUAUUUACAUAUAUGCAUAAAAAACAAAGAGUUUUUAUAAGUUCGAAUAACUUCAAAAUAAACUCAUUUAGCUAGAAGAAGAAUAUAUAAACAUAAAAUGCAUAACAUUCUGCUUUUUAAACCUCUUGGUUUCAUUGCAGUUAUAUUGAAUUAUGAUAUAAAAUAUAUAUAAAAAUGAAAAAUUUUUAUAUGAAUUCUUUUUGGUGUGUAAUACAUUGAAACAAAUUAAUUUUUUUUGUAUUCCCUCACUCACCUUUUUUUAUAAAUAAUAAAAAAAGGCGUUUUCGAAUUUGUCCUAAACUUUUCUUAGAAGGUAAAUAGAAAAAUGAAUUUGUAGCUACAUCUUAAAAUAUUAGAAGGAAAAAAAUCAAUUGCAAACAUGCAUGAUCUAAAUAUACCAGUUGAGAUUUAAAUUACAUUAUCGAAUGUAUAAUUUGAUUACAGAUAUUUUAUUGCACAGAUGUCUAAAGACAAUAAGAUUAAACUUGUAUUAUUUGCAGUACUUAAUAUAUAACAGCUUUCAUUUACAUCAUCUUUAUAUUGCUACUCGUAGAUAAUUUGCUCUAAUAUUUUCUACUCCAUUAUCAAAGUAAACUUCUAUGAAUGUAACAUUUUGAUACAAUGAUAUUCUCACAACUAUAAAGCAUAGCAAACAAUUCUAGUAAUAUUACAGCGAAAUAUAUUAAAGUAUAAAUGGAAUAAAAUACAAGUAUGUCAUAUAUAUUCUUGGAUAUUAGAUUAAUAUUAGCGAUACACGAAAUAUAUUUAUACACAUAAGUAUAACACAAUUAUCUCUUAAAAUUAAUGGAUUAAAUUUAUAUUAUUAAGCAGAUUAUUUGUAUGUUAUGUGCAAGGAAUAUAAUAUCAAGAGACACGGUAGUGUCACGCGUUUUAUUAAUACAAGAACAUAUAUAUAUUUUUGAGAUUAAUUUUAUAAGAUGCAUACAUAGUAUAGCACAAAAUAUGGCAUUUAUGCAUAAAAUCUUUUAUAAAAUUUAAUUUGUUGUGUGUGAAAUAAAUGUUAGAAACCCGAUUUCUGCUAAUUAAUUUUUUUUUAUAGGACAACAUUUAUGAAUUGAAAUUCUCAUAAAAUGAAUUAUGAAUUAAGAUACCUCUUAAAAUAUAUUAUAAAAAUGUAAUCAUUACUAUUCUUUUUCUAGAAUAAAACAUUUUGAAUGCACA